UCUCUCUCUCUCUGUGUCUGUGUCUGCGCCUGAUCAAUACAUAUAUGCAGAAAACUUUGAUGCGAUAUUAUUCCAUUAACAGUCGGUCUUGUCUUUGAGAAAGUGGCCGUAUAUGUAUCAUGGGGAAAGGAAGAGCACCUUGUUGUGAUAAGAGUAAAGUGAAGAGGGGUCCUUGGAGUCCAGCAGAGGACUUGAGGCUCAUUACUUUCAUUCAGAAGCAUGGCCAUGAUAACUGGAGAGCCCUUCCCAAACAAGCUGGGUUGUUGCGAUGUGGAAAAAGUUGCCGUUUGAGAUGGAUUAAUUACCUCCGCCCUGACGUGAAGCGAGGGAACUUUACCAAAGAGGAAGAGAAUACCGUAAUAAAGUUACACAAGGCUUGGGGGAACAAGUGGUCCAAAAUCGCAUCAUAUUUGCCUGGAAGAACGGAUAAUGAGAUUAAGAAUGUGUGGAAUACUCAUUUGAAGAAAAAAAUGGCUUGCAAAGAUGCUAACACUCACGAUGGAGAACAUGAACAAUCCUCCAUAACCUCCUCAUCUUCAUCUUCGUCUAGCUCACUUACGUCAUCUGGGAAACAUGAAAGUAUGGGAAUGGAAGUACUUCAUGAGUAUCAAUCGAAUGAUCAUGAAGCACGCAGCUUGACACAUAUUGAGAAAGUUGAUCAAGACUCACAAAAAGAAGUACUUAUUUCAAAUCAACUUAGCCGAGCCAACUACCGGAUAGAACAAACUAGUUAUACUUCUGUUUCUUCUCAUGAUCAUUCAAAUAUCUCAAACUCAAGUCCAGUAUUAUUUGAUGCGUCGAGGGAAGAAGUACUGCAAAUCGAUAACCCUGAUCUGAUCGAUUAUGGAGGGCCUUAUGAUUUUAAUAACAUAUUACAGGAGGUGAACAAACCAGAUACUGUCGAGGACAACCUGUGCCUAGAAAUCCCAUUUGAGGCCGAUGCAGACUUUUGGAACAUGUUAGAGAAUAUAGAUUCAACCUUGUCGAAUGAAAUCCAAUCAUGUCGUACAGAGGUGAAGGCUUGCCAAAGCUCGAAUGUUGGUGAUGAAUAUCAUGGCAAAGAAGUUGAGAACAAGAAGUGGUUUCGUUACUUAGAAAAUGAACUCGGAUUAGUAGAUGCUACCGAGGAAGACAACAAGAGCAUUUUAAUAGAUCAGUAUGCAGCAGAAGCAGAAGCAGAAGAACAAGCCCCAGAUCAGAAUUUUCAGUGUCAGAUAUAUUCGAAGGCAGAAAUCAAUCCAGACAUGGCUUAUUUUGAAACUUGGCCCACUUUGCCUCAGAGUUCUGCUAUCUAAUUGGAAUCAAAUUCCGUGUUUCUAAGAGAACAUCAAAAUUGACUUACAUAUAUAUAAAUAAUAGGAUCCCUAACUUUAUGACUUUGUCUGCUUGGUCAUGAUGUAUGAUGAACGUACUUCUCCAAAAAUUGUAUUUUUUUUUUUUUUUUAUCAACUGUGGACCGAACCAGAAACAUCAUGCAGUUAGCGUUUAAUUUCGACUUGAAUGAG